GCCUCCUGAUAGGCGCGUGUCCCGGCGGGUCAGAGGUUGCGGCUUGGCGCCUCUCGGUUUAAUUUUUUUCCCCCGGUGAACGGGAUCUGGUGUUCGGUACCGCCGGUAUGACCAAGAGAGCCAGCCCGUUCGGCGACACGGCGCCGCUGCAGUGGAAGAUUCACGUUACCCAGAAAGAGCUGAAUGAGGGGGUGUUCGGGGAGCAGUACAAGCGGGAGGUGUAUGAAAAGACUAAAUGUUUGCUGUUUAAUGGUGCACAAGCCUUUAUGGGAUGUAUGUGGGCUGGCAGCUCAGAAGACAAUUGUACACUGGUUCCUAUGACCAAGCCUGUUGAAGAUAACUGCUUUAAAAAAAUGGAUGUUUGUAAUGGAUGUGAAAGACGAGAGUUACUCCAUGGGCAAACCUUUCUAGGACACAAUGGGCAACUUAUAAAGGGUUCGCGGUCUUCAUAUAAAUCAUCAGUCAAGCCAGCAACCAUGAACUGUUUUAUCUGUUUAAAGCCAUCAAGUUUCAAGGAGCCAUGCUCACAGUGUGACCACUUAAUAUGCCAACAUUGCAGCAAAGUUUGUGAUCAUUGUGCAAGGAUUUGCUGUUCACUCUGCUCAUUCAAUGAUUAUAAUGAAGCUUGUGAUCGGGUUUUCUGUUAUGGCUGCUUCCCUUGAAGACACAAAGUUUUGAAUCAGCUCUAACUUGUAUAGAAAUGUUCACAAUUAAUGCAUUAACUUGA